GAGAUGUUUUACUAUAUAUUUAAUUAAUAUUUUUAUUUUUUAGAAUCAUUAUCGUAUUGUUCAAUUUAUUUUAAAUACAAAACAAACAUGGAAUUGUGCUCCACAAUAUUUGAAAUGCGUCAACGACACAGGUACCUGCUAAACAAGGAUGCCAGUUUAGACGACACUAAAUCAAAGAGAGAAAGCAAAUAUAAACAAAAAUGAAAAACCGUUUGUCUUAUCUGUGGUUUGAAUUUCGCCAAAUUCAGUUCUAAAGUUGGUUAAAUAUCAUUUUAUAAAUUAAAGUGCGUCCUAAAAUGUGCGUGUUGUUAAUUUGUGAUAAAUUAGUGCAGGAGGAAUGUAUUUUAAAUGGUUUACUAGGUUAAUUCACCUGUACUGUUAAAGCACCUGUUGAAGAAAAAAAAAGAAAAGAUCAAAAUGAGCUGGAGAAAAAUUGAGAAUGAAAAUGGGUUUCCCUAUUACCUAAAUGAAGAAACAAAUGAGAAGCACUGGGAUCAUCCAAAGUUUUCUGAAAUUCGACAAAGACUAGAUGAAUGCAACUAUAUAAAAUACUCAAUUUACAGAGUUGCUAUGAAGUUUCGAAUUUUACAACAAGCUCUCUAUAUGGACGAAGUGCCUUUAUCAAUAAUUGCAGGGGUAUUUGAGAGGCAUAGACUUGGCGUAAAUGAAAGUUCCUUGUGUCUAGAAAGUUGUGAUUUAGAAGCUGUUUUAUCAGAUAUAUAUUUUGCAGCAAACAAAAAAAAACACACUAAUAAUGAUGUUGAUCAUGCAACUGAGCUUAUGUUAAAUUUUCUAUAUAAUAUUUAUGAUAAUGACAGAGUGGGAAAAAUACAAGUAUCUUCGACUAAAUUAAUUUUAGCCCUAUUAAGCAAUUGUACUGUUAAUGAUUUAUACAGUUUUAUAUUUGUGUUAUGUGCAGACCACAAUAAUUGUGUUACUAGACUUAGAUUACAGAGUGUGUUGUCCAAACUUGUAAAAAUAACUAGCUUCUUACAUGAAGAUGUUAGUUUUGGACAACAUCUUAUAAAUACUUCAAUUGAUGACUGUUUCUUGAAAUCACCAGGACUUGUCGGUGUGCAUGACAGCAUGUUUAUUGCUUGGUUAGAAAAAAGCCCUAAAAUAAUUUCCUGGCUCCCACUGCUACAUAGAAUAAAAAUAUCAGAAACAGUUGUACACACAGGAAAAUGUAAAACCUGCAAAGUGAGCCCCUUGGUUGGUUUAAAAUAUAGGUGUGUUAAAUGUCCCAGAUUCAUUCAAUGCCAAAGGUGUUUUUUCUCAGGUCGAAUUAAAUAUUCACAUAAGCUGUCACAUCCUAUGAGAGAAUACUGUAGCCAGAGUAACUCAACUGAAUUAGGCCAAGCAAUAAUUAAAACAUUAUGUGGUAUGUUUCCAUGUGCCCCCAAACAUGAUAACAGAAAUAAUAACGUUUCUAUUAUAGAAACUAAAUCCCUGUGUGCGGAAAAGGAUUUCUUCUCUAAAGCACAAUCGACUGAUGCUCUUUGUGACAUAGAACCAUUAUCAUCACCUCAGGUUCAAUUACAGGUUAUUAUACGACAACUGGAACUUCAAAAUCGGGAGCUUCAACAAUUGUUAAUAUUAGGUAAUCAUUCAGAAAAAGAUAUUCGCCAGUAUUUGGAUGAGCACAGAAAUCAUGUAUCUUUACAAAUACAGAAAUUAAAAAUUUUAAAGGAUUAUUUAAAUUCAGCCAGAGAGCCAGUUCAAAUUACUGAAGAUAGGAGAGCAAUAGAAUCUACACCGAUGGUGGAUAAUUGCAGGCCAAGAGUAAGAAGUACUGAGCUUGAUGUAUAUAGUCCCAUCAUACAGACUACAGAGUUUGCUAAUCCUAAACCUGAUACCACAAGAGUUAUUUCUAAUGGUGUCUGUAUGAAACUUCAGAAUUCAAACAAUUCAACAGUACCUUAUACAAUGGAUGAUAUAAGUACUUGGAUUGGAGGUCGCCAAACUUCAACAAUCAUAGAACCGUCCAAAGUCCCAACUGGGGGAAGACCUGGACAAUUCCACAAUGAUUUAGAUGAUGCGUUGGCCAAAUUACAACAAAUUUUGGCCAAUAAUUUGUCACUAGAUGAAUCCCUGGGUACCAUUGACAAUACAAAUCUGCAACAUGCAGUAAUAGAAGUGGAGGGAGCUCUGUCAUCAAUUAUAGAUAAUGUUGAAAUCAGCAGACCAGACACUAAAAUGCAACCAUAUUGUUUAAAAUUCGAGAAUGAUAAUUCCCUUCCAGAUUAAUUACGAAAGGCUUUAUAUAAUUUUCAGUUAUGAUAAUAUUCACAUAUUUCCAAAGAUAGUUUUGCUACAUAAGUUGUACAUUCAAAUUUCCACUUUAAAUACUGAAGAUGGGAGUAUUCUGAAAUACAUUUUCCUUUAACACUUUUCAAAAUUCUCCAAAAUAACCGUGAUUCUUUAUCCGAACAAUCAGAGUGCAUCAUUUGAAUUUGAUAAAUGUGUAAAGGAAAUUAUGUCAUUCACACCUACAUACAUCUUAGAAUAGAAUGAUUCAGUAUUUAACGUUAACACGCUGUAUAAUAAGUGCAAAAUAAUGACUUUAUUCCAGUGAUAAAUUACAAUUAAUAUAUUUUCAUAUUAUAGCUUAGUGAAGUUUUCAUACAUCUCAAUUAAAUAUUUAAAAAAAAUUAAACAAUUAUCUGUUUAUGGAACUUAAACAGUUUAUAUUUUGUUUUAAUUUUGGUUAUUACAUACAUUUUAGUGUGUCAUAAAUAAAUCAUGAUGCAAUAUUUACCAAAUAGAAUGUAACAAAUUUAUAUGUAUAUAUUUGUCUUUAUUACAUAUUUUUAUAUAAUGAUUAAAACGACUGAAGAAUUAUAAUUUGUAUCUUUUGCAUGUUUGUAUAAACCUAUAACAAAUAAUUAUACAAUUUAUGAAUGUGAAUUCAAAAAUUACACUUUUUGAGAGACAAUGGGGAAAUAAUGUGGUAUAACUUAAACAUCACAAAAUAUAAAUAAAAAAUACCUGAUAAUUUACCAAUGUAACAUAGGUAAUAAAAA